AUGAACUAUAAAUUACUUUCCUUCACAUUUUUUACAUUAUUAUUAUCAACUUUACUUCCAACAACCUCAGCAAAGGACGUGAUUAAAUUCAUUACUUCUGAUGGUGUUGUCUAUAGUUAUGCUGUCAUGACCAAGACUCUCAAACCUGCGACAAUGGUCGUCAAAACAGUCCAAUAUACUACAACCCGCGUUAGGGAGGUCACUUUAUCAAAUUCUGUUAUUGCAACCACAACAGAGAAAUACACAGUUGCUUCUACUGUUACUACAUCUUCAUCAUCAUCUCCAAUUAAUUCGAGAGAUGCCUCAACAACAUCGGCUGCUGUAUCUCUUUCACCCACAUCUUUAUCCGUUCCUUCUUCAUCCUCCUUCACAACUAUAACUUCUGCAUAUCAAACCUCACCCUCUACCAAAACAACAAAAACUCUAAGUCCAAGUUCUUCUAGUUCAAGCAAGAAACAAAUGUCAACAUUACAACUGCAGUCCUCAUCUGUUGUAUCAUCUUCAGCUGAUUCAACUUCUAUAAUAUCUUCCAUUACUUCUUCGUUAAUAACAUCAUCUACAGAUGUAUCAUCUAACAGCAGUCCAAUAUCUUCUAAAGCUGAUGAUGGAACUUGUUAUAUAGAAUAUUCUACUGAUGACGAUGAAUAUUACAGCACAGUUUACAUAACGGAUUCAUCUCAAUCUGUAGAUGCAGCUACGACGAUAACGAGUACGAAAGUGGUUUAUGUAACGGCUACUAUCUAA